AUGGUAGUUGUCCCUGUGACGUAUGAGGAUGUCCAAGAAUUCAUUGUUGAGCAGGAGCGUAUUAUAACAAAAGCGAUCAAAAAUGAUCUUGCGUUACAGAACUUGCUAAGAAAGAAUGGGAUAGACGUCAGUGAAGAGGAGCUGAAUAAGAUAGUAAAAAAGGUGAAUCGACAAAUGAAGCGAAAGUAUAGUAUGGGGUGGUUUACGAGGCAGUCUCGCUUUCAAGUAUCGCAGCAGAUCAUCCAAGUGGAGCGAGAAAGUAACAAGGCAAAGAUGGAUAAACUAGGCGAUGUCGGCAAUGUACUUAAAUUAUUUGGUGACGAAGGGGGUAAAGAAACUGGAGUGGGAGGUGAGGGCGGAGAGGAGAACAGUGUUCUAGACGAGGAGAUUGGUAAGCUGAUAAAGGAGCUUCCUGAUUCGAAUCUCUUGGGAACCAAAGACGCCGAAUUAAUUGGACAGUACGACGACAUACGAGAUCGGUUGUCCAACGUCAUCCGGAGGCGGACAAAGCUAGAGAAAAGCAUUAGCCGCAUCAGACAAGUCAACGAAAGGGUGUAUCAGAUAUUGAAAAGCAAAGGAGCUCAUGCUGCGCAGGAUAGCGAUGAAGACGAGAUCCGAAAGGAGAUAGCCCGAAUGCGGCACCUCCUAGCGUUGUCCUAG